AUGAGCUUAAAGCAUGCACCUCCUUCCCAACACUCUUCCAUCCUCCUCUCCCUUGCACAACCCGAACCUCUCCUUUCUGACCCUCCACGCAAUCGCCCAGAAUCCGACAUAUCAUUGGGCCAACAAUUCUUCCCCCUCCGAAACGAUAUCUACCCAUGCCCCGCUUGCGGUGAGAUUUUCCAGAAACCCAACCUUCUCGAACAACACCAAGCUAUCAAGCACGCCAUUUCGGAGCUCUUCGAUGGCGAUUCGGGUAAGAACAUUGUUCGGAUCAUAUUCAAAACGGGUUGGCCCCAGAACGCGAAGAAUCCGAGUAUCCAUCGGAUCCUUAAGAUCCACAUCAGCUCCAAAAUACUGGCCCGGUUCGAAGAGUACAGGGAGAGCGUGAAACUAAAAGCCUCGCGAAACGGCGCCGUUUGGAGGCGUGACGAGCGGUGUAUCGCCGAUGGGAAUGAGCUCUUGAGGUUUCACUGUGCAACUUUCUUGUGUGACUUGGGGCAAAAUGGUAAUUCCAACAUCUGUAAUCACCAGUACUGCAGUGUAUGUGGGAUUGUUAAGUCUGGCUUCUCACCCAAGAUGGAUGGAAUUUCCACGCUAUCGACCAGUUGGAGGGCACACGUGGCGAUCCCUGAUGAGAUCGAGGAGGAGUUCAAGUUCAUGCACGUGAAGCGCGCGAUGCUCGUCUGCCGGGUCAUUGCGGGUCGAGUCGGGUGCGAUCCGGAGUUCGUGGAUAAGGAAGAUCCCGGGUUUGAUUCGGUUGUCGGUAGGGGGUUGGGGGACCAUCUGAGGUUGGACGAAGAAGAUGAGCUGUUGGUUUUUAAUCCGAGGGCUGUGCUUCCUUGCUUUGCGAUCGUGUACACCGUUUGAUUGUGAAUUGUGAUCGGGUGGCGUGUGUUCCAUGGGGUUGUGGUGUUGUGUUGGUGUGGCUACAAGUUCACUCUCCACCGUUGAUUUGGCCAAAAAGUGUCCUGUGAGUAUAGCUAGGAUGACUUGUUCUAUGUUUAAGGUUGUCCUUUCUCUAUUUGUGUUUAAAGCAAGCUUAAGUUAUGCUAACCAGUUUGGGCUUGGGUUAAUAUUAAAUGCUAAAGAGAUUGUGUAAAUCUAGGUAUUUUUUAUUUUCUAAGAUUUUAAAUAUGAUGUAUAACUCCUUUAAUCUUAAAAGCAAUAUUUA